CCGCCCUCGCCGUCCUCGCCGCCGCCGGCCUUUCUCCGGCCGACGCCGCUACUGCCGUUGCUUUGCGGGUUGGAGGGCCCCGGCGUCCCGGGGCGAGCGGAGACUGCGGGUGGGAGCCUGCGUGGGCCCUGCGGAGCGGGCCGGGGGAGGCCGGGAUGGCGCGCCCCGGAGUUGACUGAAGCCAGCGGCCGGGUUCCAGAGCCUCCAGGCGGGAUCCAGGGGCCUCCGGGGCUGCACCGGAUGGUCUGAGGGCGGCGCAGACAUGGCUCAUCUCCGGGGAUUUGCCAACCAGCACUCGCGGGUGGACCCCGAGGAGCUCUUCACCAAGCUGGACCGCAUCGGCAAGGGCUCCUUCGGGGAGGUGUUCAAGGGCAUCGACAACCGCACCAAGGAGGUGGUGGCCAUCAAGAUCAUCGACCUGGAGGAGGCGGAGGACGAGAUCGAGGACAUCCAGCAGGAGAUCACCGUGCUUAGCCAGUGCGACAGCCCCUACAUCACCCGCUACUUCGGCUCCUACCUGAAGAGCACGAAGCUGUGGAUCAUCAUGGAGUACUUGGGCGGCGGCUCCGCGCUGGACCUGCUGAAGCCGGGCCCGCUGGAGGAGACCUACAUCGCCACCAUCCUGCGGGAGAUCCUGAAGGGGCUGGACUACCUGCACUCGGAACGCAAGAUCCACAGGGACAUCAAAGCUGCCAACGUGCUGCUCUCAGAGCAGGGCGACGUGAAGCUGGCGGACUUCGGGGUGGCGGGGCAGCUCACGGACACGCAGAUCAAGAGGAACACGUUCGUGGGCACCCCCUUCUGGAUGGCGCCCGAGGUCAUCAAGCAGUCGGCCUACGACUUCAAGGCGGACAUCUGGUCGCUGGGGAUCACGGCCAUCGAGCUGGCCAAGGGCGAGCCUCCCAACUCGGACCUGCACCCCAUGCGCGUCCUGUUCCUGAUCCCCAAGAACAGCCCGCCCACGCUGGAGGGCCACCACAGCAAGCCCUUCAAGGAGUUUGUGGAGGCCUGCCUCAACAAGGACCCCCGAUUCCGGCCCACGGCCAAAGAGCUCCUGAAGCACAAGUUCAUCACGCGCUACACGCGGAAGACCUCCUUCCUGACCGAGCUCAUAGACCGCUACAAGCGCUGGAAGUCUGAGGGGCACGCCGAGGAGUCCAGCUCCGAGGACUCAGACAUUGAUGGGGAUGCUGAGGACGGCGAGCAGGGCCCCAUCUGGACCUUUCCCCCCACCAUCCGGCCCAGCCCGCACAGCAAGCUGCACAAGGGGACAGCUCUACAUGGCCCCCAGAAGCCCGCGGAGCCCGUCAAGAGGCAGCCGCGGUCCCAGUGCCUGUCCACACUCGUCCGGCCUGUCUUUGGAGAGCUCAAGGAGAAGCACAGGCAGAGCGGUGGGGGCGUCGGGGCGCUGGAGGAGCUGGAGAACGCCUUCAGUCUGGCCGAGGAGUCCUGCCCCGGCAUCUCGGACAAGCUGAUGGCCCACCUGGUGGAGCGGGUGCAGAGGUUUUCCCACAACAGAAACCACCUGACAUCUGCCCGCUAAAGCUGCUGAGGGGCGAGGGGGGUCCCGUCUCGAGCUCUGCGAGGACUGUGCUGACUUGGAACGCCCGCGGGUCAUGGCCCCUUUCCUGUGCUGAGGGCCCUCCACUUCCUUCCCCUCUCGCCCGGGCUGUGGCUCCCUGGCAGCAAAGAAGCUGGAGGACUGUGUGGCCUGGGGGCGGCAGGCGCAGUCCCCACACCUCCCCCUGGUGGGCCGUCCCCCCGCCUUGGGCUCCGGUGGCGGGCUCUGGUGGCGGCCACUGGCAAGGACGACGAGGAGGAGGAGGAACAGAGACCAGCAGGCAGGUCGGCCUCCCCGCCCCGCCCCGCCCCCUGGGCCCAUGAUGGCUCACAGCCGUAGCAGACCUGCCUUGUGGUGUGGGCCCAGGUACCGCGGCCUCUCGCGAGUGCGCGUGUCAGCCAGAACGUGUGUGUGACACCUGAACUCCGCACUUCCCCGUGUGCUCUGAGGUGAGGGUGUUAGUUUCCUAGAACGUGGGGAGACUCCUGUCGCUUUCAAUAAAGACCCGACUGGGGACCUGGCGUCUGAGUUGUCAC